UCCGGCGGCGCGUGAGCGAGUAGCUUUACGUGCGGUGCGGCGGCAACGGCGGCGCGCGUCUUCCUCCUCUUCCUACCGCGGGGCCAGAGUCCCUGAGGGAGUCCAGCUGCGCUGAAGUCUGGCCGGCGCGACCUGUCUCCGCAAUGCCCCCCAAGAAACAGGCUCAGGCCGGGGGCAGCAAAAAGGCGGAGCAGAAAAAGAAGGAGAAGAUUAUCGAAGACAAAACUUUUGGUCUGAAGAAUAAGAAAGGAGCAAAGCAACAGAAGUUUAUCAAGGCUGUCACUCAUCAAGUUAAAUUUGGUCAACAGAAUCCACGUCAGGUAGCACAAAGUGAAGCUGAAAAGAAGUUGAAGAAAGAUGACAAGAAGAAAGAAUUGCAAGAGCUAAAUGAGUUGUUCAAACCUGUAGUUGCUGCUCAAAAAAUAAGUAAAGGUGCAGAUCCCAAAUCCGUAGUAUGUGCAUUCUUCAAGCAAGGACAGUGUACUAAAGGAGAUAAGUGUAAGUUCUCUCAUGACUUGACUCUGGAGAGAAAAUGUGAAAAGCGAAGCGUUUACAUUGAUGCAAGAGAUGAAGAACUUGAGAAAGAUACUAUGGAUAAUUGGGAUGAGAAAAAACUGGAAGAAGUUGUGAACAAGAAGCACGGUGAGGCGGAAAAGAAAAAACCAAAAACUCAAAUAGUCUGCAAGCAUUUCCUUGAAGCUAUUGAAAACAACAAAUACGGCUGGUUUUGGGUGUGUCCUGGAGGGGGUGAUAUUUGCAUGUAUCGUCAUGCACUGCCUCCUGGAUUUGUCUUGAAAAAAGAUAAAAAGAAAGAAGAGAAAGAAGAUGAAAUUUCAUUAGAAGAUCUAAUUGAAAGAGAGCGUUCUGCCCUAGGUCCAAAUGUUACCAAAAUCACUCUAGAAUCUUUUCUUGCAUGGAAGAAAAGAAAAAGACAAGAAAAGAUUGAUAAACUUGAGCAAGAUAUAGAAAGAAGGAAAGCAGACUUCAAAGCUGGGAAAGCAUUAGUGAUCAGUGGUCGUGAGGUGUUUGAAUUUCGUCCUGAACUGGUUGAUGAUGAUGAUGAGGAAGCAGAUGAUACCCGUUACACCCAGGGAACAGGUGGUGAUGAGGUUGAUGAUUCAGUGAGUGUAAAUGACAUAGAUUUAAGCCUGUACAUCCCAAGAGAUGUAGAUGAGACAGGUAUUACUGUAGCCAGUCUUGAAAGAUUCAGCACAUAUACUUCAGAAAAGGAUGAAAACAAAUUAAGUGAAGCUUCCGGAGGUAGGGCUGAAAAUGGUGAGAGAAGUGAUUUGGAAGAGGACAACGAAGGGGAAGGACAGGAAAAUGGAGCCAUCGAUGCUGUUCCUGUUGAUGAAAAUCUGUUUACUGGGGAAGAUUUGGAUGAACUAGAAGAAGAAUUAAACACGCUUGAUUUAGAAGAAUGACACCAAACAAGUCACUGAAAAAAUUGAGCCAGCUCAGCAGGAGUUGAAAUUGACUACAUUAAUUUUUUUCCACCUAAAACUCUUCAACAGGACGUUUGUUUCCCAUGCUGAUUCUGGAGGGCUUAGUUCCUCCAAAAAAGGAAUAUUCUCCCUACAUCUUGUUUUCUGACUUUGGCUACAUCUCAUAGUAAGUUCAGAGUAGUUCAUGCUAAAUUAAAGAUAAAUGGUCAUUGCAGGAAAUGAUUGAUUAUUGUAAUUGUCCACUCAAGUAGGAAGUGUAAACUACUUUUCCAGCUUUUGAUUUUCAUUGGGCAUGUGUUGUUACAAGGACAACAUAAAUUUAAAUUACCCUUUAUUUAAUGCAAUUUUUAAUGAGUGAUUCUAUUUCCUUUGUAUUUAUAUGUUUAAAAGACUGCCUAAGAUAUGAGCCUGUACUUCAUCAAGGAAACUGCAUAUGCAGGUUCAGUAUUGUAUAUCUUUGGACAAUUAGAUGGUCAUUUAAAAUGAGACUUCAUUAAUCUGACAGGAUCGCUGCAAUGCCCGUGUUAAACUGUUUGAAACUACUCCGUUUUCUUUUUUUGCCAAUAAAGUUGUAAAUAAAAACAGUGAUACAAUAAAUUCCAAA